AUGGAGGACAACGCGGAACUCGAGUCGUUUCGGCGCCAGUGGCGUGAAGAAGUUGCGCGCCGGGUGAAGCCAUCGAGACUUCAACCAGCGCAGCCCAGGCCAACCAAGCCCACCGCAACCUCGUCGAGCCAUAUCCCGCCUACCCACCACGAAGUAUCGGAGCGCAGGGAAGAGGAAGACGGAGGAGUGGCAUCGGUCGAUCAUAGUGAGAUUGUUCAUGGAGUCGGUCAUUUGAGCUUAGGGGUAGCGGAUGAGGAUGUGUUUCACUCGCGAGUACCUCGAAGUGAGCCCAAGUCUGCAUUGGAGCACUUUGAAAGAGCGGUCGAGAAGGAAGCCGAGGGGAAUCUCGGAGACAGUCUGCAACAUUAUCGCAAAGCUUACCGCUUAGAUGCAGCGGUCGACAAGACGUACAGAAACAAGCAUUUCGCCUGGGCAUGGAAGAAGGGUGCGCAGCCACCUGCUGCCAAUGCUGCGGCCAGCAAUGCCACGGCAACACAACCAGCUGCAGAUGAACCCGAAAUUAUACCCACCCCGGAACUCAUCGCUUCAUUCGCUCAUCUUCCUAUCCCGCAGGCCGAGCCCCUGAUCGAAAAUACUCCUCCGCCCCCUUGUCCCAUCUCGAAGGUCCCGUCCGAGGUGCUGGUCGAAAUCUUGAGGCAUGUGGCUGUGAUAGAUCCGGCCUCGUUUUGUCGGAUGGCGCUCGUUUGUAAGAGAUUGGCAUAUCACUUUGCACAUGAGCAGCACAUCUGGAAACGCCUUUGCCAGGGCUCCGAGUUCGGAUUCAAGGCCAUGCACUAUUCAUUUGCUUGUGAUGUCCAUGGCAUACCGGAGUACACCUUAGGGCCACGCUACACGCCUUUUCCUCGAUCAAUGCCCGUUCAAAUCCCGGAACCAUUAUCGUCCUGGGCGGAAGUAUUCCAGAUAUUCCCUCGGAUUCGGUUUACGGGCAUCUACAUAAGCACUGUGAACUACACCCGUCCAGGUGCAGCCUCGGUGUACCAGAACACCUCGUGGAACAGCCCCAUCCACAUUGUGACCUACUACCGCUAUCUCCGCUUCUACCCAGACGGGACAGUCAUUUACCUACUUACCACAGUCGAGCCAUUGGAGGUUGUGCCCUACAUCAGCAAGGAGAACGUCAAGGCUGCACGGGCAAUUUCCCAGAAGCAAUUCCAUCGUCAAAUGGCAGACCCAGGCAAUACCAUUACGGGUCCUACCGAUACCAUUCCUCCCAUUGCUAUGGGUGCGCUGAGGCAAGCUUACCGAGGUCGCUGGCGCUUGGCCAAACCGGCUCCCGCCUCUGAUUCAGCCGACGACGUUCCCCAAGACGAUCUUAUCUCCGGAUACGAAUCUUUGCCCGUCAAGGCUCAAUCGGCAGGCGCGCCACCUGACCCUCGCGACCUGGUCAUUGAAACCGAGGGAGUUGGACCGAAAUACAUGUACCUCUUGCACCUCUCGCUUCGGUCGGUGUCAGCUCCCAAACCUACCAACGCUAACAUGACGCCACCCAACCCGUCCAAGAACACCAAGCUGGCCUGGAAGGGCUAUUGGAGUUACAACAGGCUCACUGACGACUGGGCUGAAUUUGGACUCAAGAACGACCGGGCGUUUGUUUUCCGACGAGUGCGCGGCUGGGGCAUGAAUUGA